AUGAAAGAAAACAUAUUUGAUACUAAGAAAAAAAAUAAUAACAGGAAAAGGAAUAUCAUAAGAUCUGCUAAAUGGAACAACAAGAAUAGCAAAAUAGAAUUAUCUAAGAAAAGAGAUUCAAGUAAUAAAUAUAAAAGCAUUUUGAAGUAUUAUAAAAAUGAAAAUAAAACAAAUAAAUUUAUUGAUAAAAGGAAAAAAAAUAAAUGGUUUCAUAAAAAUAGGAAACUUCAAAAGAAGAAUAUUUUUAAUUUGAAUGAUGAUGUUUUAUUUAAAGAAAGACAUAUAAGUACAAAUGAUUUUAUACAUUCUGAUAAUUCUUUAAAGGAAACUGAUCAAGAAAAUCUGAAUGAUAAUAAAAAAAAGGGGAAUAAGAAAUAUAAUGCUAUGUUGGAUAAAAUCGAAGAAAAAAAGUUAUGGAAAUUAAAAAAAUACGAAAUAAAAGAAAAGUUACGUAAAUUUGAUGAACAUUUUGAUGAAAUUCAAAAAAAUGUUCUUGGUCUAAAUGGAACCAAAGGGGGAGCAAAACAUAGUAUGGUUAUAGAAAAUAACAAGAAUAAAUUAAAUAAGGUUAUUCAUGAAUCGAAAAAGCGACAAAAUUUUGAGAUUCAUGCUUCCCAUAAAGGGAUAGGCGCAGAAAAAGGAAAACAGAAUUGUUAUGAUGAUGGUGACGAUGAACAUUUCGAUGAUGACGACGAUGAACAAUUAGAUGAUGGUGACGAUGAACAAUUAGAUGAUGACGACGAUGAACAAUUAGAUGAUGACGACGAUGAACAAUUAGAUGAUGACGACGAUGAACAAUUAGAUGAUGACGACGAUGAACAAUUAGAUGAUAGUGACGACGAAAUUUAUGAUAAUCAAAAGGAAUAUUCGCAUGAUGAUGAAAUGUACAACGAUGAAAAAAAUGUAGAUAAAGCUAACUAUCCUAAAACUACCAGUGAUUCACAAAAUGAACUUACGAAUUAUAAUAGUUAUCAUACGGACAAUAGUGAUAAUGAAGAAAUUACAAAAUUAUUUAAUAAAGAAACAUUACGCUCCAAAAAAAAAGGGUCAAAUGAAAAUAUAUCAAAAGAGAAAUUAAAUGAAUUAUUGGAAAAAUACAAAAUUGGUGAUAAUAUAAAUAUAUGUAAUCAUUUUAUUAAUAAUACAGAAGAAGAAAAGCAAAAUAUACCUAUAUAUAUAUAUAUAAAGAAUAAAGAAUAUGAUAUAAAAGAUGUAAUAUUAUUACUUGAUGAUUACCAUUUUGAAACUCAGCAAAAAAUUUUAUACAGAAUUUAUUAUAUAAAUAUGUUUAAUAAAAAAGGGACGAAAAGUAUUUAUCACUUUUCCUUUUUUUUCUCAUUAAUUGAUUAUUUCAUAUUAAAUAUUUAUAAAUGUUUAAAAUAUAAUAUAAAAGUAUGUGAACUAUUAGGAUAUUAUAAAGAUAUAAUUGUAAAAUAUUGUCAUGAAAUGAAAGCUGAAUUUUAUUUAUAUAUAUCUUUUUUACUUUUAAUUGUAUUUUCGAAAAUUCAAAGAAAAAUAAAAACAAAUAUUUUUUUUAAGAAAAAAAAAAAAAUUUUACAAGAUUAUGUAAUAUUAAAUGAGGAUAAUGCAAAUAGAAAAAUUGAUGUAUAUAUAUACAGAAGGAUAUUAAAAAGUGUUGAUAUGUUUUCUUCCAUAUUCGAAAAUUAUAAUAAUGAAAAUAUAUAUAUUUCAAAUAUCCAUUUUGCUGUACUAUUUUUAACCUUAACAGUUUAUCCUAUAAAUAAUUUUAUUGAUGAUAAUAAUAUGUCUAAUGUAGUCGAGAAUAAAAUAUUGAAUCCUCAGAAAAAUUUAAUAAUUAAUAAUAAUCCUUUUUUAGAUAUUAAUAAAAAUAAUAUAAAUGAUGAGAAAUUAUUAUAUAAAAUGAAUUAUUUAAAACAAGAUAUAAAUAAUAUAAAUAAUUAUAAUCAACAAAAACAUCCGAUUAUAUCUUUUAUUAUAGAAAUAUUGGAAUUGUUGUUUUAUAAUCAUUUUUAUACAAACAAUGCUAAUUUAUUAAAUUUAAAGGAUUAUCAAAAAUAUGAUUGGGUAUUUAAUAUGAAUACUUAUGAAAAUUAUCAUAAUAUCGAAGCAUGCUUAAAAAAAUUGGAGGUAUAUUAUUCAUUUAGUUCUUUUGAAGAUGUUAUAUGUGAAAACAAUAAGGGAGGAAAAGAGUUUGAACAUAAUGAAAUAAAUAAUGAAAUUGUAAAUGAUCUUGGAAUAUUUUAUAGGAAAAAAGAAUUCAAAAAUUCAUUAAUUUUAUUAAACUUGUAUAACAUAAUUAUGGAAAAUACUUUAGAAUAUAAUCCUAGUUUUUUUUAUUUGUCCUUUAAAAUAUUAAACACGUUAUUGUAUAAUCAUAUAACAAGUAUUAAAGAGGGAAUUCUUGACAAAAAUAAGAUACCCCAUGUGUCUGAAAAGGAAAAACAAAAAAUUCAAACAAUUAACAACAGCAACAACAACAACAACAAUAAUAAUAAUAAUAAUAAUAAUAAUAAUAAUAUUAGUAAUAAUAUGUAUGAUAAAUUCGAUUUAUCUUUUAUUAUUUUUAAAAACAUAUUUUUCUUUUUGAAAAUUUAUAUAGAUAAUGAUAUUAAUAUAUACAUAUUAAUAAACCAUGUUAUUAUUCCAAGUUUGUUUUAUCUGUAUAUGAAUUUCUUAAAAUUUAUAGUCACAAAUCAUAUUAAAUUAGAUUUUAUAAAUAUUAUAAAUGUUGCUAAAAAUAUUAAUAUUAAAGAAGGAAAUGAUUUCUUAUUUGAAGAAGAUAAAACAUAUGAACUGUAUCAAAAAUAUUUAAUUAUAUUAUUAUAUAUAUUUAAAUUAAUUGAAUAUUCACAAAAUCAUGAUAUCAAACCAAUCAUACAUAAAACUACUACAGAAGGAAACAUUUCUUUCUUUACUCCCAAAUAUGCAAAUAACCAAAAUCCAAAAGAUUUUAUUUUUAUGCAAAAUAAUCAAACCAAAUUGGCUGAAAUGAAAAGUAUAAAAAAAAAAAUGAAGCAACAGAGAAAGUUUGAUUAUAACGAGAUGAAGAAGGAGAACAGUUAUAUCUUGGCUCUAAAAGCAAAAGAUGAACGAGACAGGAAAAGAAGAAACCAAGAGAAAUACAAGAAAAUUAAAUUGAUGGCACAAAAAGAUGUAGAAGAAUAUAAUAAAAUGAAAACAUAUACACAUUAA